AUGUUCUACAUAUGGAUGACCAUACGGAUCAUUUUGUUACUCGUCCACCUGAUCCAUUAUACCGAAGCCAGGAGACGUAUACGAUGGGAUUGUUUUGACUGUCAGAUGGAGCCUCAGUAUGCUGAUCAGAUUAAGUGCCAGGUUGGAGGCAUCAGACGCUCCCUUUUAAAUGUGGAGCUAAAAUUGCUUACGGAAAUUGACCAAAUUAAGACUUAUGUCAAAAUAUCGACUAAAUCUAAGCCAAGUGAUAAUUAUCGAAAGUUCUUUGAUAUUACUUUUGAUGGGUGCAAAGUAAUAUCCGACAUGACUCAAGGAACCAUGGUAUCGAAGAUGUAUAAUGCAGUCAUCAAAUCGAGCAAUCAACCCCGAAAGUGUCCCGUAAAAGAGGGCUUAGUCUACUAUCAUGACAUAAGUAUCGAAGAGGUCUUACCUAUGUUUGUGCCCACCACCCAGCUGUUUAUCCAAGUGGACUUCUUCUCUCGGCGGCAGUCGUACUUGAACAUAAGCUUGAAAGGGGAAAUUACUGCAAAAUAA